UCAGGUAGUUCAUGCUCGGAAGUGAUAUAAAGGCCUUCGCAUCCGACCAACUUUAGCGUACUUGAAAUCGUUCACAGGAAACGCCACCAACAGUUUGGUCAGGAAGUUUCUUCGUGCCACACCACUCUCGAACAUCAUGGUGGUGUGGACGGCGCUGGUGUUGGCAGCAACGGUCCUAUUGACCGAGGCAGCGGUACCAGACCCGAAGACUUCCGGAAUCACGACCGUUGGUUCUUUAAAAUUGGCAACAGCAGCUGACUGCGCAGGUGUUGUUGCCUUUUCUGCGACCCGUGGGUCCGUUAAAGAUUCAAAAAUGCUUCUUGCGGAGACGCUGGUUGACAAAGGAGUUGGUUAUGCCGCCGAAACAGGAAUUUUCACCACCCACUGCCCAGGCCUCUACCAAUUCAGUUUUGCUGGAUACGGAGAUUCAGAUCUCCGUCUGACCCUGAAACGAAAAAUCAACAAAUCUGAGGACUGGACUCCCGUCGCCGGUGUAGGCCCAGGAGGAGGUGCCAAUUUGGUCAUUCUUGACGUCGACGUUGGUGAUCAGCUCUCCGUCUUCGUCGAAAAAGGAAAAAUCGCCGAUGGAGCCACCUUCUCUGGACACCGUGUUGCUAAAAAAUGACCUUCCAUUGCUAAAAUUCAUCCUCAACACUAGACCGGAGGCCAUUCACCACUGACUCCCAUUUUCCAUUUUUCAUUCCGGACCUUCUUCAAUUUUUAAAGAGAACAAAGGUCAAAAACCACUACUACGCCGCUGAAUUCGAAACACUGAUCGAAUAUUGAUCACUUUGAAAGUUAUCAAUAUUUUGAUAAUUAGUCGACAUUUUUACAUUAACUCAAGAUAAUCAGAGUGCAAUAAUUUAAACGGUCGCUCAAAAUGAAAGCAAUCAUCAAUCUUAUUGAUGAUUACGUACUGUGAUAGCAACUUCAACUUUUAAGAGUCGAAGAAUAAUCGGAAAUAUCAUUUUAUCUUCUUCAUUCUUUCUUUCAUCCUUCUCAAUUUUCUUCUUUCUAUUUUCGAUUCUCUAAUCUGUUCUAUUCUAUACUCUUUCUUUAUUUCUAUCUUCAAUGUCUUUCACUUUCGUUCCCUUUCCAAUUUGAACUCUUUUCUUCUUUCUUUCAGUCUUUAAUCUUUUAGUCUUCAUUUUUUAGCCUUCUUUCUUUUAGUCAUCUUUCAAUUUUAUAUUCUACUCUCUAUUUCUUUCUUCCUUUUUUUAUAUAUAUUUCUUUCUCAGAUUCUUUCACUUCUUUCUUCCUUUUUUUUUAAAUUUGAAUUUUCCUCCAUUUUCUUCUUUCGGUGAUUCAAGAAUUACGAAAAACUCA